GUGGAGGAGGAGGCGGCUCGGGGAGAUCGAGCAGCGAGCUGGAGCGCGGAGCGUGAGUGAGGGAGCCUAGCCGCCUGCCCGCCCGCCCGCCACCGCCGCCGCCGCCUCUCCUUCGUAAGCAGGAGCCCGGGCCGGGGCCCGGCACGCCGCCCGCCCCCCCACCACAGCCCCUCCCUCGUCGUCAGGCCGCGAGGGCAGCGCGCGCGAGCCCAGGGGGAGGGACAGCGAGCGAGCGAAAGAGCGCCGGGAGGAGGCGGCCGGACCGAGCGAGCGCCCGCGCGUGUGGCGUGAGGGGAAGCCGCUGCCCGCCCCCCCUUCGCCUUCCCUUCUUUCCCCCUCCCCGCUCCCCCCCCGACCGCGGAGCAGCACCAUGUCGGCGCCGGCGGCCAAAGUCAGUAAAAAGGAGCUCAACUCCAACCACGACGGGGCCGACGAGACCUCAGAAAAAGAACAGCAAGAAGCAAUUGAACAUAUUGAUGAAGUACAAAAUGAAAUAGACAGACUUAAUGAACAAGCCAGUGAGGAGAUUUUGAAAGUAGAACAGAAAUAUAACAAACUCCGCCAACCAUUUUUUCAGAAGAGGUCAGAAUUGAUCGCCAAAAUCCCAAAUUUUUGGGUAACAACAUUUGUUAACCAUCCACAAGUGUCUGCACUGCUUGGGGAGGAGGAUGAAGAGGCGCUGCAUUAUUUGACAAGAGUUGAAGUGACAGAAUUUGAAGACAUUAAAUCAGGUUACAGAAUAGAUUUUUAUUUUGAUGAAAACCCUUACUUCGAAAAUAAAAUUCUCUCCAAAGAAUUUCAUCUGAAUGAGAGUGGUGAUCCAUCUUCAAAGUCCACUGAAAUCAAAUGGAAAUCGGGAAAGGAUUUGACGAAACGAUCAAGUCAAACACAGAAUAAAGCCAGCAGGAAGAGACAGCAUGAGGAACCAGAAAGCUUCUUCACCUGGUUUACUGAUCAUUCUGAUGCAGGUGCAGAUGAGUUAGGAGAGGUCAUCAAAGAUGAUAUUUGGCCAAAUCCAUUACAGUACUACUUGGUUCCUGACAUGGAUGAUGAGGAAGGGGAAGGAGAAGAGGAUGACGACGACGACGAAGAGGAAGAAGGAUUGGAAGACAUUGAUGAAGAAGGGGAUGAGGAUGAAGGUGAAGAAGAUGAAGAUGAUGAUGAGGGGGAGGAAGGAGAGGAAGAUGAAGGAGAAGAUGACUAAUGGAACACUGAUGGAUUCCAACCAUUUUUAAUUUUCUCCAGUCCCUGGGAGCAAGUUGCAGUCUUUAUUUUUUUUUUUUCCUCCUCUUGUGCUCAGUCGCCCUGUUUUUGAGGUCUUUUUUCUCCUUUAUACCAUGGUUCACAACUUAUUUUGGGGGGGGGGAAAUACCUUGAGCAGAAUUCAGUGGGACAAGAAUCUCUACCCCUUUCUGUUCCAAAUUCAUUUUUAUCCCUUCCUGUCUCAACAAAAACUAUGGAAUCAACACCACCAUGCUCUGUGGGAAAAAAAGAAAAACCUUCUGCUCCCUUAGCUCUGCUGGAAGCUGGAGGGUGCUAGGCCCCUGUGUAGUAGUGCAUAGAAUUCUAGCUUUUUUCCUCCUUUCUCUGUAUAUUGGGCUCAGAGAUUACACUGUGUCUCUAUGUGAAUAUGGACAGUUAGCAUUUACCAACAUGUAUCUGUCUACUUUCUCUUGUUUAAAAAAAGAAAAAAAAACUUAAAAAAAUGGGGUUAUAGAAGGUCAGCAAAGGGUGGGUUUGAGAUGUUUGGGUGGGUUAAGUGGGCAUUUUGACAACAUGGCUUCUCCUUUGGCAUGUUUAAUUGUGAUGUUUAACGGACAUCCUUGCAGUUUAAGAUGACACUUUUAAAAUAAAAUUCUCUCCUAAUGAUGACUUGAGCCCUGCCACUCGAUGGGAGAAUCAGCAGAACCUGUAGGAUCUUAUUUGCAAUUGACAUUCUCUAUUGUAAUUUUGUUCCUGUUUAUUUUUAAAUUUUUCUUUUUGUUUCACUGGAAAGGAAAGAUGAUGCUCAGUUUUAAACGUUAAAAGUGUACAAGUUGCUUUGUUACAAUAAAACUAAAUGUGUACACAAAGGA